UGCAGUGCACUGGCUCAUUUAAAGGCGGAGAGCUGACACAGAUAGGAAAUGCAAAUGAGAUCAGUUAGAGCUGCUCUCUCCGUAUCGCUCGCUUUCAGUCUUUGAAACCAUUUGCAUCCAAGAUCCGAAAACAAAGACAAAAUCCUCAUGACAUGAGCUCUUAAGAGUCGACACCCAAACCCACGACGAUGAGCUUCUUUGGAAAACUGAAGAACUUCAACAGUGGACCUCCAGUUCCACCCAAAAGAGAAGAAAACAAUAAAGGGUUUGGGUGGCCAAAGGAUGAGUUUGAUGAUGAGGAAGGUGACAUGUAUGAAGCGCCUCCUUGUGAGCGUCCGGCCGCCAAAGUCCCGCCAAGACCAGUGGAGGAGGACGUUUACCUGGACAGGACAUCCAGUACUGCUGUUCCACAGAGGAAGGCUGCUCCUCCACCCAGGCUGGGGACAUCUUUGCAAACUCUACAACAUGCUGAUGUCUUCAGUUAUGACCCCAACUCCAAGAAACCGCCUGAGAUAGACAGAAACGAUAAGCCUGGGAGAAAAAAGAUGAUGCCUCAUCCUCCACCAGCCCGCUCUGCUCCUGCUCCGGUCCCUGCAUCCAACAGUGAGGAAGACGUGUACCUGGAUCCAAAUGAAGAACAGGAAGAUACUGAUGAUGUGUAUUUAGAGCCAACCGAAGCUUGUGCUCCUAACCCGCGUGGGGCGAUGAAGAUGCCUCCAUCUCCCAAGACAGCAGGGGUACCAUCUACCAUACCCAUGAUGAAGCCUCCUGUGCCCCGAGCGAAGUCUAGUACAGUCUUGCUGCCCUUGAAUGAGGUAUCAGCAGCUCCUCCAGUUGAAGCAAGACGAGCUGCUUUCCCGACCAAAUUCCCUCCACCGAGUCUCAGUUUUAAGCCCCCUCUUCCAGUAAACCUGAAGGAAGCUAGACACAGUCUUACAAAUCAUCCUACGCCAGGAACCAAGCCUAUAGCCUCCUAUGGUGGAAUGAGGACAACCACACAAUCAGAGAAUGAGGACAAAGAAUGGUUUGCAGGAGAUUGCAACAGAAAGACAGCUGAGGACUUCUUACAGAGUGUCAACAAGGACGGCGCCUUCCUUAUCCGUCACAGCUCGGCCCAGAACAGCCGCCAGCCGUACACCCUCGCUGUGCUCUACCAGGAGAAGGUGUACAAUAUUCCCAUCCGCUUCCUGGAGGAGACACAGGGGUACGCCCUCGGCAAAGAGGGCAAGAAGAGUGAAGAGAUGUUCACCACUCUCGACGAGAUGAUUUCCCACCACAGAAAUAACCAACUGCUUCUGAUUGACAGCAAGAGUCAGGCCAAGCACACAGCGUAUUUAACCCACCCUGCACGCCCUUAACACCGCACUACUACAGCAUCUCUUUCCAACUAAGAAAUACAACAGGGUUACUCUGUGUCACGCGUCAUACAGCUGCAGUUCCUUUUUUUUUUGUUGAAUGAAUUGAAAUAGACUUUGCAAUAUUUCAAUGCACUGAAAUAUUAGCAGAGAUGCUGCAAAUCCCACAAACUGUUGCUCCUUGACGCUCGACCCAAACCGAAAAAACAUAACGCUCGGACACCAUCAAGUUCUGUGGUUUUCACAAAAUGAUUUUUGACUAUUUCGCUCCAUGACUCAUCAUUCUAGGAACAAUUGCACAAGGUCAACGGUUCUCUAGUUAGGAGGAAAAUUUGUCCUUUUUUUUUUUUAACUGUAACAAUUCUCCAGCAUGUUGGUGUUUUUCCGCCCUUGGAUUGAAAUCUUGCUCUCCCUGGAUUUUGCUAAAUUUGAAAGAUACAGUGAUAGAUUUCAGCUGUCACACACUAUCAAACCACAGUACAAGAGCUUCCAAUUUUUGCAGCCGUAAUGUUCACCAUCCCUUUGAUGCUCCUACUCAUUUCCUACUCAGAUAAAAGUCUGCGUGAAUGAGUAAUUCUAUUUUAAUCCGAGGUAUAAACUUGGUGUAUAACUUUUUCCUAGUUUAGUUUUUAGUUUGAUGGAUUUGAUUUUGUAUAGGUUGUAUGUUACAGGUGUCUUUUUUGGUGUUAUACUGUAGAUUUAAUGCGAUAUAGGUCAUAAAGUAAAAUGUAUAUCUGCCUUACAUUGCUUUUUAUUUUAUAUAUUCUAUCACAGUUUCUCCAUAUUUACUGUUUUUGACCUGUAACCAACAAUUUACCUGGUUCCUAUAACGGAGAGACUUUUUUUGGGUUUCAUGUGAGGGAUAAAAAUGCAUUAUGAAAGGUUGAUGCUUGAUAAUGUCUUGUGAGAAAAGUCAAACCUCCACUGUUGUCUGACUUCAACUUGUCAUGAAUCCUUAUUUAAGAGGGUCAGUGUGGUGAGCUUUACCGUUAACAGAGACACCAGGAGAUAGUGUGUGUGUGUGUGUGUGUGUGUGUGUGUGUUGGUGUGUGUGUGGCCACAGACCAGAGACUGGUGGUUACACCUGCUUCCUGUCAGGGUGAGACCACCUCUCCAUAAAUCACAUGACCACCCAAAAUAUCAUAUGGCAGAAUAAUAACCGUGUGCAAAAACAAAAUCAAAAAUAAACUGGUCAACUUGAAAAAGGG